AUGACCCAUGCCCAAAACACAGCACCGACUACACGCCCAUCGCGCAAGCCCGCUUCCGCCAAAGAAAGGAUGGACACAGGUUCAGACUCUCAAGAGCUCAAGGAGAUCCCUCCUGAGGCCGUCACAAUAGCAAUCUUCUGUGCUCUUUCGUACGAGGCUGCUGCGGUCAGAUACACCCUCGACGAGGAAUUCGAAUGUCAUUUUCAAAGCAUUGGCCCCAAAAGAUAUCCCUAUUCUUUUGGCCGCCUGAGGGACCACAUUGUCGUGAUUGCUCGACCUCACCGAAUGGGAACCGUUAAAGCCGGUCAAUGUGCCGCCACCGUAUGUCAACAGUUUCCCAAUAUCCAAUUCGCCCUAAUGGUGGGUGUCGGAUCUGGCAUUCCAGACCCCUCUCGGCGCGACCUCCGUCUAGGUGAUGUCGCCGUCAGUAUUCCUGGAGGCAAUCAUCCUGGUGUGGUUGAGUAUGACUUUGGAAAGUAUGAGCACGACCGAUUUAUACUCGGAGGGAAUCUUGAUAAGCCGCCGGGAAUUCUGAUCAGCGCUGAUGGCAUAAUGCAAGAGGAUGAGAUAAUGGACAAACGUCGGCUGGAAAAAGUCCUGAGAGGGAUCACGAAAAAACCAGGAUUUGCACGUCCAGAUGUCGAUGACAUUCUCUACGAUAAAAAUUUCCACCAUAUCAACAAAGGCAGUGACUGUAGCGGAUGUGAAGUAGCUGAUCGGAGAAAGAUUGUGUCGCGUGCACCGCGUCCUCAUGCGAACCCUGUAGUCCACCGGGGACUUAUUCUGUCUGGCAAUAGUGUUAUCGAGAACCCAGAGGAUCGCGAUCGUUUGCGGAGGGGUUAUGAGGACGCCAUCUGCUACGAACUUGGUGCAGCCGGUAUCAUGGACGAGAUUCCUUGCCUCGUUGUCCGAGGAAUAUCUGACUAUGCGGAUACCCACAAGCAGGAUACAUGGCAUCAUUAUGCUGCGGCUGUCGCUGCAGCCUAUUGCAAGGUUCUUCUCCGCAAGGUUGAUGGACCCGAUGUGAGAGGGAUCAGUAAUAUUUACGACAGCCAGCUCUUGGCACAAUUGCUCUCUUUCAAUACAGCCACAGGAGAUCGGGGGAGCGAAGCCAAACUUCUCCCAAAUCUUGCAAGGCAAUUGGGGUUCGAUAUGCCCCAACUCUUACCAGAGAGUAGGGGACUUUCUAGGCCUUGA